ACUGUUUAGUGAGGAGAGACGGGCAGCUGCCUCGCCUCCGACGACCAACCUCGUUAGCAUACAGAAACGCUGUGGGUUUCUGUUCUGGGAAGAGGGAGUCAUAGUGAUCAUUGUCCGAUCCUGGUUGACGGGUCCAGCAUAACGCCCACACCAGUAAUGGUGAUGUCAGGGGUGUUGAAGUGCGGGCUGGUGAGGGCCGUGGGGCGCCUGCCACCUGCCCUGUCCCGUGCCCUCGCAAUUACAGCGAUACCUUGCCAAGCAACAGCAGCAGCAGCAGCAGCACAGAAGGCGCCAGUUGCAAGACCAGUCUCACAAGUGCCGGGACCAAGAGCUUAUCCUGUGAUCGGUGUUCUUCCUUCCGUGCUCUUGGACAGAUCCUUCACUCCCAAGUACAUUCACCUGUUCAUGCAAAAGAUGGCUCAGAAAUAUGGCCCAAUUUUUCAAUUAUCGUUGCCAUUUAAUCCGCCGAUGGUGGUUGUGGUUCGACCAGAGGACGCUGAGGCUCUGAUAGGCGCCACCAUGAACAACCCCUUAAGACAAGGCUUCGGUUCCUUACAGAAGAUCAAAGACGAGACGGCAGACAACUACUUUGAGAAUAAAAAUGGAUUAUUGUUAGAGAAUGGGGAGGAGUGGUGGAGAGUUCGCAGCCGUGUACAGUCCUCCAUGAUGAGGGUGAAGGAGGUGCUUCACUACCUCCCUGUCAUGGAUCAGAUUUCUUUGGAAUUCAUGGACAGAAUUGCAUUGCAUCAGAGACAGUUUGCAGAGAUGCCAAACUACUUCCAGAAUGAGUUAUACAAAUGGGCUCUUGAGUCUGUUGGUUCCGUGGCACUGAAUCGUCGGCUUGGGUGUCUGGCACCGAACCUGGCAGCUGACUCAGAACCCAUGAAGCUCAUCAAACUGACAAAUGAUAUAUUUUAUUAUUUGAGUGAAGUAGAAUUCAACAUUCAUUUUUGGAGGUUGAUCCGAACCCCGUCCUACAGGAAACUCCAGAAGGCGCAUCAGGAAUUCCUAGAAAUUGCUGACAAGAACAUACGUGAGACAGAGGCAGCGCUGCAGGCUCAACCUGCCAGUGAAGAGCUGGACCUGACGCUCAUGGAGGCUCUACUUCUCAAGCCAGGACUCUCCCGCAAAGAUGUCGUUACUCUCAUCCUCGACAUGCUCUUCGCGGGCAUUGACACGGUGAGCAUUGCUGGAGUGUAGUUACCAGUCACUUUC